AUGAAAGCGAAAAAAGCUGAGCUUGAGAGGAGACGGCAGGAGGAGGAAGAGGCGACUGAGAUCAUUGGUCCGGUGCUGCCAGGAGCCAAUGGCGCGGACUCGACUAAUCAGCGAAUCGACUACGGUAAGGCGCUCCUGCCCGGUGAGGGUGCUGCAAUGGCGGCAUACAUUGCAGAGGGGAAGCGUAUACCGCGUCGAGGGGAGAUUGGUCUCACCUCAGAAGAGAUUGAAAAGUUCGAACAAGUGGGCUACGUCAUGUCGGGCAGUCGCCAUCACCGCAUGGAAGCGGUGCGAUUGCGGAAGGAAAAUCAGAUCUACUCUGCGGACGAGAAGCGAGCUCUCGAGAGCUUCAACCACACCGAGAGGGCCAAACGGGAGGCCAAAUUGCAGGCACAAUUUAAGGCGCUUGUCAAAAAGAAACUGGAGGACAAGCAGAACGUGGGAAUGUGA